AGCUGCAAAGGUUUCAUCCUGUCCAAGAGCUUAGAGAUGCAGACAGAGGCGAGGGCCGGCGUGUCGGUGGAAGGAGGCGGCGGAGGACAGAUGGCGCUGAACACAGGACACGGGGCGGUGAUAGUCGAUGGUGGCGCCGCUCGCAAACUGAUCAAACACCAUCAACAGCAGCAGCGACACAGCCAGCAAUCCCAGAUCGGAACCGUAUCGCAGCUUCUUGCAGGGGGCAUAGCCGGUGCCGUGAGUAAAACAUGUACGGCGCCCCUUGCUCGUCUAACUAUCCUCUUUCAGGUGCAAGGAAUGCACACAGAUGCUGCACACUUGAAAAAGGCCUGCAUAUGGAGAGAGGCUUCCCGUAUUGUUAGUGAAGAAGGAUUUAGGGCAUUCUGGAAGGGAAAUUUGGUCACUAUUGCUCACAGGCUUCCUUAUUCCUCUAUAAGCUUUUAUGCAUUUGAGCGCUACAAGAAUUUAUUACAGUUUAUGUUGGGAGUUCAAAGUCAAGGAGAGAACCUAAGUGCAGACCUUUGUGUACGGCUUGUAGGCGGUGGUUUGUCUGGAAUAACUGCUGCUUCUGUUACAUAUCCUCUUGAUCUUGUCAGGACACGUCUUGCAGCACAGACAAGUACAGUAUACUACAGAGGUAUAUGGCACACAUUACAUACCAUUAAAAGGGAAGAAGGGGUCAGAGGCCUUUACAGAGGACUUGGUGCAACUCUAUUGGGUGUUGGUCCUAAUCUGGCAAUUAGCUUCUCAGUUUAUGACACUGCACGUACAUAUUGGCAGAUUCACAGGCCAGAUGAUUCCAUUGUUUUGGUCAGCCUUGCUUGUGGCAGUAUGUCAGGAAUUGCAUCAUCAUCAGAGAAGCGGGAUGAGGUGCAGGCUUCUUCUUACUUAAUAUCUAACCUUAGAGCUAAAGUUACAACCAUGUAUGUAAGGGCAGUAAGGCAAAUGAGAUCAUUAUUGGCUCCCCAUUGCGGUGUGGCUAUUUUUCAGGAGCCAUAUCUAUUUGCAGUUUAACAAAACGUGAGAGGCGUCCUCUUUGAGUGACAUUCCCUCUGGAUCUUGUGAGGAGAAGAAUGCAGUUGGAAGGGGCAGGGGGUCGAGCCCGUGUUUACAAGAACGGUCUCUUUGGUACACUUCGACACAUAAUCAACACAGAAGGGGUGCGUGGUUUAUAUAGAGGAAUCCUUCCAGAAUAUUACAAAGUUGUCCCCAGCAUUGGCAUUGUUUUUAUGACAUAUGAGAAAGUGAAGGAUAUUCUUUCAAACACAUCUUCAGAAAAAGUGAAGCAGCUUCUGUCGAAUAUAUCUUCAUGACGGUGGUCAUUUACCAGAAAACAAGAGGAUGUGCCUCUGCCUAUAGAAUACGAGGGAUAGUUUAUUUACUUGGGGGGGGGGGGGGGGGGGGCUUAUUAUUAUUACACAUCACAUUAUUGGAAUUGGUCAAAUGAUUAAUUUCCUGGAGAGCUUAUUGUUGCAUAUAUAGUAUGUAGUAUCUGGAGAGAACAGUUGAAGGUGAUGAAGCCUCAAAUGUGUAAGCAUUGCUCUUCACGUUUUUUUUGUUUCUUUACAUAAAAAAGGUCUAGUUCUCUGCUGUACUAAUCACAUUCUUGGAUAGCUGACAUUGUAUGGGAUUCUUCUAUGUUUGAAAAACAAGUUGAAAAAGGCAACACGCUUCAGUUUAUAAUUGAUCUUUGUUUGAGCCUUUAA